UUCCAGCCCGCUGAGCCUCCUUAGAAAGACACGCUUCCUAACUUAUUCCAAGCAAACAUGACAACCGAAGUUGCACUAGAAACGACACUAGGCACCUUCACCGUUGAGCUUUACUUCCAACAUGCACCAAAAACAUGUAAGAAUUUCGCCGAGCUUGCCCGACGAGGCUACUACGAUGGUGUCAUAUUUCACCGUAUCAUUCCAAAUUUUAUGAUCCAAGGUGGCGAUCCCACAGGCACAGGAAGAGGAGGCGCCUCCAUAUACGGGGAAAAUUUUGAGGAUGAGAUAUCUCCGUCACUUAAGCAUACAGGUGCUGGCAUUCUCAGCAUGGCGAAUUCAGGUCCAAAUACGAAUGGCAGUCAGUUUUUCAUUACGCUUGCGCCUACGCCAUGGCUAGACGGGAAACACACUAUCUUUGGACGGGUGAAAAGUGGACUUAAGGUAGUACAGAAGCUGGGUGGCGUGCACACUAAUUCCGAUGACCGUCCGACUGAUCAGGUAGCCAUUCGGAAGGCGAGGAUCGUGGAAAAGGAGAUAUGAAACAUAUAUGGUGACCUUAGAAACCAUUUCCACUAUCUAGCACGAUCAUGACCUUGUGCACAACGCCGAAAUAAUCUAGGAGCCAUCUUCGGCCAAACAUCUCUCGCACCCAUUGCAUGGUCUCGCGGAGUUUCAGCAGACUAUCUGCGUAGGGAAAUGUCUAAUAAAUAGACAUGAUCGCGAGUAUGAGGGUCCCGUUGUCUCCUUGUUUGUCCUGGAACAACGAGUACGUCGGCGUCUACGAGCUAAGUGUACGUAUUAGCAUGACAACACCGCAGAAAACAGGAGAUCUAUGAAUUUCCCUGCGUCAAUACUCAUAAUUUGUAAGACUUCCAACUUAUUAAUUCAAUUCAAUCAUUUCUUGUCUUUGUUUUCGA